AUGGGUUUGGCCGUGGCGUGGUGGCGUGCGGCUCUGUUCAGAAACGACUCGCUCCAUUGGCUCGUGGUACCCUUUUCACUCUGCCUCUUGUUCACAAGUACAGCCGGUCUCGUGAAAAAUGUUUGCAAAAAAGUUGGUAAGUCGAGUAUUUUUCAGAUUAUCAAAAAUUAAUUUCUUCUUCUUUUUCUUCUUCUUCUUCGUUAACUCACCUUUCCAGGAGUAGAAGAGCUCAUCGACGAGCAAGGCUGCGAUCUGAUGAUUGUAAGGAUCAACCGGUGCAGCGGUCACUGUCUCUCGUUCACUUUUCCCAAUCCGGCCACCAAAAAGACGUCGGUUCACGCCAAGUGCUGUCGGAUGGUCGAGUGGGAAAUGGUAAAAGUUUUUUUUCAAAUUUCCGUUUUAAAUUACAAGGCUUUCUUUCAGUUGGAAGCCGAACUCAAAUGCUCUGGAGACAAUCGAGAGCUGCGAAUUCCUAGCGCUUUGCAGUGUGAAUGUUUCGACUGUGCUGUACAGUAG